CUUAACUUUCUUAUAACAAAUCAUAACGAUAUUAGUCAUUUCUGAAAGAUGAGAGUCAAAACUGUGAAUGAAUUUAGAUUAAAGGAAGUGGACGAAGAACUUGGCAAAGAGGAGAUCAACCUGACAUCUCUGAAGAGCGUCUGUUUCCAUGGCAUCCCUGACGAACAAGGGCGACGUUCUUUGUGCUGGCGACUCAUGCUGAAUUAUCUGCCGUGCAGCAAGGCUAGCUGGAGCAAAAUUCUUACCAAAAAACGAAAGCUAUAUGAACAGUUUAUUGAUGAAAUGAUUGGGAUGCCUGGACCAGAAAACAUUAAUGAUAACUCAAGAGUUGACGUUACUUUUGACGACCACCCCUUGAGCCUCAAUCCCGAGUCAGAGUGGCAGACCUACUUUAAGGAUAACGAUGUCUUGUUGCAAAUCGACAAAGAUGUUAGGCGACUCUGCCCCGAUAUUUCAUUUUUCCAACAACCCACUGACUAUCCCUGCCAAGAUGUUGUUAAUAGCGGAGGAACAAAAAGGCUUCACCGAAGAGUGCAACACUCCUUCCUAAACUCAGCCAAUGUUGAGCGAAAGGGCCUGGGAAUUACAAAGAUUGCUUUGGCUGUCAAGAAAGCGACAGAGGACUACGCACCAAUGGAAGAAGGGUCUGAGGCUCACUGGGAAGUUGUGGAGAGGAUCUUAUUUUUAUAUGCCAAGUUGAAUCCAGGCCAGGGUUACGUGCAGGGGAUGAAUGAAAUCAUCGGUCCAAUUUACUACAGUUUUGCAACGGAUCCAAAUCCCGAAUGGAGAGAGUUCGCAGAAGCUGACUGCUUCUUUUGCUUCACAAACUUAAUGAGCGAGAUUCGAGAUUUCUUCAUUAAGACUCUGGACGAUGCCGAGAGCGGAAUCAAAAGGUUGAUGGCCCGUCUCAGCACGGAACUCAAGUUGCACGACCCUCCAGUUUUCCAGCGACUGCAACAGCAAGAUCUGCACAUCCAGUACUACAGCUUCCGCUGGCUCACCCUUCUUUUAUCCCAAGAGUUUCCUCUCCCUGAUGUGCUACGGAUUUGGGACUCUUUGUUUGCUGAUGAGAAGCGUUUCAGCUUUCUUAUCUCUAUCUGUUGUGCUAUGAUAAUCGUUUUACGGGACCAGCUCCUCGCCAGCGACUUUCCAACAAAUGUCAAGAUGCUGCAAAAUUUCCCUCCUAUGGAUAUUCAAGUGGUGCUUUCAAAGGCUGCUGAGCUCGCGGGCCAACAAACUGAAAAACUGAUUAGAUGACCUCAGAACCAAUGCCACCAGGUCGUUCCCUCCAAAUUGAAUCCUCACUGUGCCCCACUCUAAAAUGCAAUUUUGUAUUUUAUUUAUAGCCCUCUUGGAUCUAACACUUAUUAAAUUUCAUUAAAAUAAAUAUCAAUUUGCAAAAUUUUGCCAAUGUGCCUGACAUUAAUGGUCGGAAUGUCAGUAUGAAUCUUAAUUUUCGACACAUAAAUCAAUUAUUUCAUGGACCGCCUUUUAGCUAUCAUAUUUACUUAUAUGUUUAAUGCUGUUGCACAGUGUCUAAACUGCUCGGUAUGUUUUGAGAUGUGAGAUAUCUUGACGACAGGCACGAAUCUCUUAUAUCUUUAUAUUUCUUGUGACAGAUAUAUACUUAUUCCAUGGUAUCUAGUUGAAUUGUGUAAUUAAUAAUCCAUUUUUAUUACAAAUUUUCUAUUUGGUACGUUUAGUUCUAGGUAACUGUGAAUAAACUUAAGAGACAAUUUUAUUGAUAAAAAAUAAAAUCGUAGUUUAUACUCUGCAA